AUGGGCUCCAAGAAGGAGUCAGCUAUUAGAGAAAGUGAUAUUUUGUUGAGUGAGAAAACACAGGUAGAAAAAGAGAGUGGGACCCUCAGCUGCCUGCCGUACCCCGCAGAGGACAGACGUCCUGAGAAGCUGAGCGGCCGAGCGCUCAAGGAGGCUGCCAGCACCAACGGCUGUGCCAAAGGGAAGGAGAGAAGAGACCAUGCUCGCCACAGCCCCUCGUGUGACGAGGCACCGGCCCGGGGGAAGAAGAAGAAGAAGAAGAAAUCGGGCCGCAAGAAGAGAAGGAGGUCUCCCUCCUACAGCCCCUCGCCUGUGAAGAAGAAGAAGAAGAAAAGUUCAAAGAAGCGAAAAAGAAACAGGUUAUCUUCAAAGAAGAGAAGACACAGCUCCCGUGGGCGCACGCGGAAGUCCCGCCGCCACCGCCGCUCUGAGAGCUCCGACUCCCACUCCCCCAGCUGCAGAAGCAGGCACAGAGCCCGAUCUCCGGAGGAAGGGCGGAAAACACGGCAAAGACACUCCAGGCACCACUCAAAGAUCACAGCAAAGAGAAGCUCCUCUGCAGAGAACCAGGCCAGCCAAAAAUCCAGCCAAACCCUCCCGUUGUACAGCUUCCUGUCUCCCAAGGAAGUAAUCUCUCAGUCAGGGUCUUCUGCUGACCUCUUAACCAAAACAGACAGCUCGCCUGGCAACCUACCCAGGCAGAAUGGAGAGUAUCAUGAAUAUGACUCAGGAAACGAUACUUCCUCCCCUCCCUCCACUCAAACCAGCUCAUCCAGGUCAAAGGACAGCCAGGAGAAAAGAAGUCUAGUCCAUGAUGGCUUUGGCCAUGCCUUCUCAUCUGGGAAGCCCAAACUGGCCAACAGUGAUAACAGCUCUGAUUCAGGAAAUUCCUUCACCAGUUGCUUUUCCCAGACCAACGGAACAGCUUUGGAAAACCUGUCUCCAGAUGCCCAAGGACAAGACCGAAGAGGGUGCCUGUCCUUGUGUCUCAGCUGUCCAGAGGAGAAGAAGGGAAACGCCGUCCCGUCCCCAGCCCACAGCUCCCCUCUGCGGCCGUGUUCCCGCAGCGAGUCCUACACCAGCACCGGGAGAUCCUCCCCCGGCUCCAGCCGUUCCAGCCACUCCAGCUCCUCACACCACAAGGACUCUCCCAAGUACUCCCGAAGCAGGUCCUGCUCUUCAGAGAAAAGGUCUUCUUCACGUUCCCCCAGCUAUUCCUCCAUAUCCUGCAAAAAAAGUCCUGGGAGCAGGAGUUCAAGGCCCCGUCGGAGCCCCAGUUACUCCCGCUACAGCCCUAGCAGGGACCACGAGCGAGAGCACAAGCACGGCUCCAGCGAGAAGGAGUCCCACAGGGAGCGCGACCGCCGGCGGCGCCGCUCGUACUCCCCGCUGAGGAAGCGCAGGAGAGACUCUCCCAGCCACCUGGAAGCUCGGCGCAUCACCAGCGCCCGCAAGCGCCCCAUCCCCUACUACCGCCCCAGUCCCUCCUCCUCCUCCAGCAGCGCCAGCAGCUAUUCCUCCUGGUACAGCAGCUUCAGCCGCUCCCGGAGCCGGAGCUACUCCAGCUACCGGACAAGCCGGAGCCGGAGCGGGAGCAGCAGCAGCGCGGGGAGCAGGAGCCGCAGCCGGAGCUCGGGCCCCAGGAGCAGCCGCAGCAGGAGCAGGAGCUGGGAUGACUCAGGAGGCAGCUCCGACAGCCUGGGUCGCUAG